AUGCCGAUGGACGGCGGGAUGGGCGACAUGGGCGGCAUGGGCGGCAUGGGCGGCAUGGGCGGCAUGGGCGGCAUGGGCGGCAUGGACUCGGCCCCGCCCGACUUUUCGAUGCCCACCGAGAACAAGCUCGCCGAGCGUGCUUCGGUCGCCGCAGCGGCACUGUCCGAGAAGCAGGCCGAGGCGCGGAGCGCGCUCGACCAGUUUUACGCGGAGCGGAAGGUGAAGAGCGAGGCCAAGGCAAAGAGCAACAAGGAGGAGGAGGCGCCCUUCUUCCUGCGUUCGCCAGCGCUACGCGCGUCCUUCGUGGCCGACCGCGACGCGACAAUGGCCACGGACAGCUGGGAGUCGGAUGGCGAGAAAGACAACCCAAAGCCGGUGGACCGUAUGCGCGGGAUGCUCUUCAAGCUCAAGGCGGCGCCCGCGGCUGGGGUGGCGUUCUGA